GCGUCCAAGCCUAAGGGCUACGCUGUGAGCCUGCACUACUCCGCACUUAGCUCCUUGGCUAGGGCCUGCCCGGAAGGCGCGCUCAGCCGGGUGGGCAGCAUGUUUCGCUCCAAGCGCAAGAAACUGCACAUCACCAGUGAGGACCCCACUUACACCGUGCUCUACCUGGGUAAUGCUACCACCAUCCAAGCGCGCGGCGACGGUUGCACGGACCUAGCGGUGGGCAAGAUCUGGAGCAAGAGCGAGGCAGGCCGUCAAGGCACGAAGAUGAAGCUGACGGUGAGCGCGCAAGGCAUCCGCAUGGUGCACGCCGAGGAGCGAGCGCUGCGGCGCCCGGGCCACCUCUACCUGCUGCACCGCGUCACCUACUGUGUGGCAGACGCGCGGCUGCCCAAAGUCUUCGCCUGGGUGUACCGGCAUGAGCUGAAGCACAAGGCAGUAAUGCUACGCUGCCACGCGGUGCUUGUAUCCAAGCCGGAGAAGGCUCAGGCCAUGGCCCUGCUGCUCUACCAGACGUCUGCCAACGCUCUGGCAGAGUUUAAACGUCUAAAGCGGCGGGACGAUGCGCGUCACCAGCAGCAGGAGCUGGUGGGUGCACACACCAUCCCUCUAGUGCCGCUGCGUAAGCUGCUCUUGCACGGACCUUGCUGUUACAAGCCGCCAGUGGAGCGCAGUCGCAGCGCUCCCAAGCUAGGCUCUAUCACCGAGGACCUGCUUGGGGAACAACAGGAGGAGGAGCUGCAGGAGGAAGAAGAAGAGGAGCACCUCGAGGGCUGCCUGGAGGAGGAGGAAGAAGACCGUGCGGGGGAUGGGGACCCAGCAGAGGAAGACACUGAGGCACAGAGGGCGCUGGUGGUGGCUAUGCACUUGGAAUGUGGGGACUUGCUGGACCCGCUGGAGAAUGGCCACGAGGAGGCGUUGGGGGGCAACGAAGUUUCGCUGGGCCCCAGCUCCGGGACAUCACCUCCUUUGCCGGGCUGUGCCUCCGACAUGAAGGCCCAACUGUCGCAGCUUAUUAGUGACCUGGGCGACCUUAGCUUUGGCAAUGAUGUGCGCACCCUGGAGUCCGACUUAAGGGUGACACGCCUGCUGUCGGGCGAGAGCACGGGCAGUGAGAGCUCUAUCGAGGGUGGAGGCCUGGACGCCACCUCUGCCACCUCUGGCAAACCCUCUGGUCCUGCUGAUGGCACCAGCCUAGAUGAGCCCUACUCCGGCUAAGCUCCCAGACAACUUCUCCGUGCGCCUGGCACCCCACAGUGGCUCCCCGGCCAUAGUACUAUUCCCCCUAACCUCCAGGAAAGGGAAAUUUAUGCACUUGAGGUCCAGACCUGAGUUUGGAAUUCCCAGGGGCUGCUUCUCUCCCAUCUUGCCCCAGCACUUUUGGCUCUGAGAUGGUUCAGGAGAGACAGGCACUACAAGCGAGAGACAGGCAGGCCCUCUGGGGUGGGUGAGACUAUGGAAAUGGGAGAGCUGGCUGAAGUUGGAAAAGGCGAAGGGCGGGCUAGAGGUGCCCAGCAGCCAGUUUCCUGUUUGUGAGGCAGCUGGAGCUUGGGAAGGAGGGGUAACUUCCUCUCCAGACCCCCCGACUGGGAGGCCUCUCUCUGUCAUCAAUAUCUCAUUAACAAAGUCACUCUCAUAAUAUUGGAGGCUUUGCUGGCACUAGCUUACCUGCCCCCAGUUCUUUUGAUUAUGAGAGCUUGGACUGUUUACCUCAGACUAAAAACUCUUGAAAGGAUGCCAAAUUUCUCAAAUAACUGUACUGGGGAGGGCAGGGUAUGAAAGUUGUGUUUUGUUUACAGUUAAAGACAUCUAAUAUCUAAAAAAGAAAAAAAAAAGGAAUUUUCCUUUAGAAAUACACACCUCCCUCCUGUCCCAAAGAGUGUACUCCAUGAUGCUGUGUAAAAUAUUUUUGCACCUUUGUGAAGUAUUUUUGACUUUUUUUUGUACAUAACUGUUGUUCUCAGAGCUGAAUGUUUAUAUAUCUUUUGCUGUGCAAAAGAUAGCUGUAAAAUGUUGUUAAGUUGUAUAUACAGAAAUGUGUAUAAAACAUUUUGUUAUUUUUUGAGCA